GUAAAACGGUCAUAACUCUUGAUAGAAGAAGCAGGAACCCAAAUCCUUUUAGGGUAUUUACUAUCUCAAUAUGCUCACUUAAAUGAGAUAUAAAUGAAUCAAAACGGGAGGUUACACCUCGGGAAGUUCCAUCGUAAGCACAAAAAUUUGUAUCGAAUACUAUAAAAUUAAUUUUCGUCAAAUUUUAGUGCUUACAACCUCAACAUUGACCUGUGCUUUUCUUAAAGUCAAAAUUUGAAGAAAAUUAGUUUUGAGUACAAUAUUCAAUGCAGAUUUUUAUGUUGAUUCUAAAAAUGGCAUGUGUUUCAUUUGGAACUCAAGUUCUGGUGAUCGAAAUCUUUGAAGACAAACCUAUGACGAAAACCCUAAAAACAAUUGGUAAAAUUUCGAAUGAUCUGUAUGAACUUAUGUAGACACCAGAAUUAAAGAGGAAUGGGUGUAAGUUCAAUAACGACAACAGUUAGCGAAUUAAAAUUUUUAGUAAUCGAAAGAGAAAAACUCCGCACGUCUUGUUGUUUGAUAUGGUUAAAGAUAGAAUUAUUUUAGCUCCCAUCGUCUUUUCAAAACAUUCAAGAAAAUGUAUGAAAACGGUGUUUCGUGUCAAGAAAAUUUGCUAAAAAUUAAAGGAACUUUAUAGAAUGUGACAGAAUAAAUAUGCGAUUUUGUUUGCUCAAUGUUGAGAUAUAAGACGAUAAUCACCUAAAUUGUACCUUGAGCUAUAUAUCUGAUAGUCCCUCUAUUAGAAACACAAAUCAAAAUGAAAAGUAUAUCGAAAUGAAAUAACAUUUUCAUGCAUUUUUUGAGAUUUUUUGUGAAGAUGAUGGGUUUUAAAUAAUUUUCUGUUAUCUGUUAUAAGACAAAAUGAUGUCUGAAGUAUUCCUCUUUCAAUUGCUGAAAACUGUAGAAUCGAAUAGAUGAAACUUGUAUUCAUCUUUUUACAAUUACUUCAAUUAAACAAAGAGUAUGUUUGAAUUUAAUUUUUUUUGUUGAAUCAACAAAAUGAGUCUACAAAAAUUGCGUACCGAUAAUUGAUCGAUACGAAAAAUAGUCGAAAAAUUUAUGAUAAAAGAAUAAAAACUUUCAGCUGUAUAGAAAAAAGAAUAUCUGUUCAUUAGUUACCUGUAAUUUUACUUUUCGGUUCGUCAUAGCUGAGUGGUUACAUUAUUUGGCAUGUAUUCGAUAGAUACUGUGCUCAAACUUCAUUACCAUGAGCCAUGAAAUGACGCUGGACAAGUCACUAAUAAUUGUUUAUCUCAGGUCACCAGUCCGAUAGUAUACUGACUAAGUUGUAACAUACAUCUACUAUCGUGACUAGUGUGAGGUUAGUUAGGAUGUACGAGGAGCGCAAGAACUCUGCAUCAAACCGACCUUCUAUACAGAGUUACAGCCGUUCAGAGUUGUAGUGAAAUUUUCCUUCUAAUUUUGUAGUAUUACCAUGUAGAAGUAAUAUGGAUGUCGAGCAUUUCUCAGAACAUUUACUUUUAAACAACACAAAAAGUAAAAAUAAAGAACAGGUGAGCAUUACAAGAACAGCAAGUAUGAAAGGAGAAUGAUGCAGACAAGAAGUACUUACACUCUUCUCUGCACUUCAACUAUUUCGAGGUUAAUGAAGAUACAUCAAACAAAGCGAGAAGCCAUUAGUGAUAAUGCGUUAAUUAUCUUUCAUGUAGAUGAAUAACAGAUGUAUCAACUUCUAUUGUCUUUAUGUAAACACUUUCUUUGCAUCAUUCUCUUUCUAAAAAAUGUAUGUCACUUUAAAAAAGAAGAAACUCCACAUAAUUGUGUUACUGACCUAUAGACACACUACCGUAAAUGUAAACAGUACCUUGAAUUGCAUUUACCUUUUUAAUGCACUUAUUGUUGUGUAAGAGUGAAUUUCAUGUGUAGUCAUCGCAGCACUAAUGACAUGUAACAAUGAAAGCAAUAAAAUAUUUAUGAGACGACAAAAUUUAGAAAAUUAAAACCGAGACCGACUGACUUCGGACCUGAGCUGCUCGGUACAAGUCAAUAUUCUUUUGAUUUGAAACAUUUAUUAAAAAAAAAACUUUUGUUAUUCUACUAUAAAUUUCUCGACUAAUUUUCACAUUCCACAGAAAAAUAUUAUUCAUUAUUCUUUCCAAUUAGCAAAAUGAAGAAUGAAUCUAAAAUAAAAUAUUCUUUCAUUGAAUCAAUUUUAAUAAUUUUCUUUCUAUUUAGUGGUUAUAAAUGUCCAAAUACUGUUGACAUAAAAUCAAAAAAUAGAAAAACUUCAACAGCAAAUAAUAAAACUACUGAUCUUGUCUACGAAUAUAUUCAUCCAUUAAUACGUAUUAAAAAACCACCAUUUUCACGUGAUGUAUGGUUAAAUAAAGUCGAAUCUAAUUGGAUAUCAAAUUUAUUUCAAUCAUCAUCAUUAUCUAAUCGUUCACCACCAUCCGUAAUUAUGAUUGUACUUGAUGCUGUAAGCGAUUUACAAGCACGUCGUGCAAUACCACAAACUUUAUCUUAUUUAAAAUCUAAAGGUUUAUUUACAUUUCAAAGUCAUACUAUUGUUGGUGAUGGUACAUUUGAAAAUAUUGUUCCUAUGUUAUUUGGUUAA